AAAGAGCAGCCCGGUGAGGUUAACAGAACUGAGCAAACAUGAAGAAGCAGCUAUCGUGUUUUGCUUUAGCCGGUGCUAUUAGAUUGCUGUUAAUGACGUCUGACUAUCAAACUUUAAUCACCGAUCGAGUGGAAGUUUCGACUGCAUUGAACUCUUGGAAAAAAGUUACAGAGGGAGUGUACUUGCACAAUGCAGGAAUUGAUCCUUACAGUGGAGAAUUAUUUCAUGAAAGCCCAAUAGGGCUCCUUGCAUUUUCAUUGAUGCAGAAAUACUUGUCAAUAUUUGCACUGCAUGUAUUAUUUAUCAUCACUGAUUUGGCAACAGCUUGGAUCCUUGCUUCGACAGCACAAUUAUAUAUGGCGGAGCUAAUUGCUAGAGAGAAAGAAGAAAAAUCACAAUUGCCAGCUGAAAAGGCAAAAGACAAUAUAUGUAUAUCAGUUAGAGACACUGCAUCAGCUUCUAUUCUAUACGUGCCUGCAACAUACUUACUAAAUCCUUUUAUAGUGCUCAAUUGUGUCGGACUUACCACUACAGUAUUCACUAACUUUCUUUUUGCAUUAACUCUCUUCUCCAUAAUAAGGCGUUCUGUCUUCUGGAGUUGUCUGUCCAUAGCAUUGCUAACUCUUCAAGGACUGUACCCUGUAACUCUGAUGGUACCUGCAACAAUUUACAUUGCUGGUAAAAAUUCGCAAACAUGUAAAGUAGCUGUAGCAAAAAUUAUCCUUACUUUUCUUACGUUGCUAGUUACAUUGCUAUAUGCUUCAUACUAUAUCAUGGGUAGUUGGUCUUUUCUUUGGAAUACAAUCGGAUUCAUUCUCAUAGUUCCUGAUUUGAGACCUAACAUAGGCCUUUAUUGGUACUUCUUCACUGAAAUGUUUGAACACUUCAGAUGGUUAUUCGUUGCUUCAUUCCAAAUAAACGUAGGACUAUUGUACAUAGUUCCCCUUGCAUUAAGAUUACGUCAGGAUCCUAUGCUCCUAGCAUUUUCAUACCUAGCUAUUGCUGCCAUAUUUAAAUCCUACCCUUGUCUGGGAGAUGUUGGAUUUUACAUGGCUCUGUUACCAAUGUGGAAGCAUCUGUUUCGCCAUAUGCAGCAAGGAUUCAUCGUAAGCUGCUUCCUACUGUUUUGCACAGUAUUCGCACCCACUGUUUGGCAUCAAUGGAUAUAUUCCAGAUCGGCUAACGCAAACUUCUACUUUGGAGUCACAUUGGCAUUUGCUGUUGCCCAGAUUUUUCUGUUAACUGACAUUUUAUUCGCAAGUGUCAAACGAGAAUUUGCUCUUCGUUAUGGUCUCUCUAGGGAAGUUAAUGGAAAUAAAGCUAAGUUGUUAUUAGAAUAAAUAAACGCAAGCAUAGAAUGUUACAUUGGGCCGAUGUCAAUAGUUGCUACAGUAAAUUAAGAAGUACAUGAACAAAAUAAUAGUUUAAGGGAUUUCAUGUAAUUUUUGGAAAUAGCAUGAAUAAACCAAAAUCUUUUAGUA